CAUGCGGUCCGGUUGAAAAUCAAGGCUGUUUGUGGGGGAGGUCGUUGAUAGGGGGAGUAAAGCGUAUAUUUUUAAGUGUUGUAGCAACAGCAGCUGGCACGUAGCCAAGGUCAUCAUCGGGGAAGAGGUUAUGGUCUGAAGAUGAAUUCCAGCCACCAGGAUGCCUCAGCACCCAGGCGCAGGGCUAGCUUCACUGAGCCCUUGAUGAAGCUCUCAUCAUACGUGCUGGCGCUGCGGCCAUGGUCAUUCUCCGCGUCGCUCAUGCCCGUGCUACUCGGCUGCGCGCUGGCAUACAAGGUGGCCGGCGAGCUACACGUCUUCGCCGUCUUCCUGACGGCCGUCACCGCCAUCGCCGUGCACGCAGCCGGCAACGUGGUCAACACCUUCUACGACUUCGUCAAGGGCGUAGACGUGUCGCGUAGCGACGACCGCGUGUUGGUGGACCACCUGCUGACCAAGGACGAGAUCGCCACACUCGGCGUGCUGCUCUACCUGGUGGGCUGCCUCGGCUUCAGCCUCCUCUCCAUCGUAUCGUCGGCACGUAUGGAGCACUUGGCGUUCGUGUUCUUCGGCGGUUUGUCCAGCUCGUUCUUGUACACGGGCGGGCCGGGGCUGAAGUACGUGGGGCUCGGCGACAUCCUCAUUCUGAUCAUCUUUGGCCCCAUCAGCGUGCUGUUCUCGUUCCUGGCGCAGACGGGCUACGUCCAGUGGCCGGCGAUGUUGUACGCCGUGCCGCUAGCGCUCAACACCGAGGCCAUCCUACACAGCAACAACACGCGUGACCUGCAGGUCGACAAGCAGGCCGGCAUCGUCUCGCUAGCCAUCACCAUCGGCUACACGGCCUCGCGCGUGCUGUACGCGGUGCUGCUCUUCACGCCGUACGUGCUGUGCAUCGUGCACGGCGUGCACUACUCCACCUGGCUGCUGCUGCCGUGCGUUACCAUGCCAACGGCCUUCAAGAUCGAGCGCGAGUUCCGCACAGUCAGCAUGCAGGACACACCCAAUAGCACGGCCAAGCUGAACGCCUACCUCGGCCUCUGCCUGGUGGUGGCCAUCCUGAUGUCGGACGCGCGCACGCUGCCCUACCUGACACCGCACGAGGCCUGACUGGCGGGCGGCGCACGCCCGGCCCCGGCGCUGGUCCAGCUUGGCGCGCAGCAGCCCGGCGGACACCGGGUCUGGUCUGUCGCGCCCACGGCACGGUCUCGGUGCCGUGGCUGCGGGAACGGAACGCGGCGGGCGGCCGAGCCUUCGGUGGUGGCCGACCGCGUCCACGACGUUGGGUGAAAUCGGAGCGGGUGCACGUGGUGGGGACGGUGCGCGGUGCAGGUGUUGUUUGCCAUUGCGGCUGUGGACGAGCCAUGUGCCACGUGACCCGAGCUCUUCGGACAGGCAGCGGUCCAUGCGGGCGGCUUGCGCUUUGGCCGUUGCACCAUAUGUGACUGUUUCGAGUUGUUACGCGUUUUCACGGCUGUGGUCUACCCUCCUGUCUCGGAUGCGUCGCGAAGGUGCAUCCUGCUGGUUUUCUAGUAAGCUGGCCGGGUGUCGGGUUUCUACGUUUUGAUGUGUGUAUCUCAGUCUACGCCGCGAGUACGGAGCGCCUGCGUCGAAAAUACUCAGUGUUUUGUGCUGCAUUUUGCCGCGAUUGUCACGUGACUGUUACGUCUCGCUGGUAUCCCGCUCUCAAGCACGGCCAUAUCGCGACUGUUGCACGUUGUUGGUGUAUUUAUUUCAACCGAUCAAAUACAAUGCGGAUGAGACCGCCCUCA